AUGAAGGAUACUAUGGCAUGCCUUCCAAGUCAGCUACCAUUUCGAAAAGCUGGGGACGAUCGCGAAUGGGUCAACAUCAUCCCCUUUUGCCCGGGGUAUCCGAGGCCGAAGACGUCAUACGCGAAUGGAAUUCCCUACAUGGAUUUCUGGGAGAACGAUAUACGCGCGUUUGCUUACGAGCCUGUCCAAAUCCCUUCCUCUUAUCUCAGCGUUAAAAUCCUUGUUAUUCAAGAUUUCGUCCCUGGAGUAGCCGAACACGAUGCUCUAAUUGCCCAACACCCUCCAGGCGUGGUGGGCAUGUUCUUUUGCGGUGAUAUGGUCACGCACGAGGCAUUUUCCGCGCACCCUCCCGAGAUUCUCAGAGUCCGUGGUCCUGGCCGGGCUGUUGGGGGACAUAAUGGGCAAGUGAUGGGGCCCCGUCUUAUUCCUCUUCAUUUCGUGAGGUAUGGGAUCCCGCCCGGGCAGAGGAUCCGAACCAUCGGUCCGAAGCUUUGA